AUGGGCCUCACCGUUAACACUCACACUCGUGCGCGGGCUGUUUCCACCGCAGACAUCCUUCGUCCGGAAGACAAGGACAUUGCACAACUCGUCAAGAGCCUUGAUACUCUCAAUUACAACUCCUACAAUGCUCUGCAAAACAGUCUCGAUCAGGCAACCUGCUUGCAGCAGUUGCGGCACUUUCUGAAAGACGAUAGUGAUAUUCACGGAGCACACAGUGGUUUUCGACGAGCGGGUGGUUUCCAAGCGUUACUUCGCCUCCUUCGCUCGCUCGUUGACAGUUACUCCGUGCUAACCGACCCUUCUGUCCACGCGAAGUCGUUUCUUCAGUCUCUUUCACAAUGGUUCGGCGUCCUGGGAGCGGCUUUGGAAGGGCACGAGGGGAAUCAGAGAUACUUCAGAACAAAGGUGGAUGAUGGCGGUUGGGACUCUCUGCACCGCACGCUUGAACAAUUCUUCACCCUCAUAUCUAGUCAGACAGGCGACGAUCUACACUUGGAACAUUUGUUUGGGAUUCUCCUUGCAACAGCUACUGGCGUGGAAAUAAUUGAGGACAUUUACACUGCUCUGGACCGGUCCACAAGCUUACAAGACGUCGAUCUCUUCUCGGAAGAAACGAUUAUUACAGCACGGGCAGGCAUAGUCAAGUCACUGGCACAGGUUGGUGAGUUGGCAGUGCCGGAGCUGCUAACUUUGAUUCUUGGGCUCUGGACCACGGGUAUCAAGGCUGAGAAGAUCCCUCAACGACUUCUGAGAGUUGCCCUGCCACUCAGUUACGGGGAGAUACUUUCGAAAUCACGGCAGAAUAUUGUCUCCGCGCACACAGCUGGUACUUUUACUGCGGUGCUGAAGCUGAUCUUCGAAGAGCAACUAUCUGCCACUGAAAGGGGGCUGAUGAAGGAAGUGGCCCUGUUUUUGUGCCAAGAGGGUGUCUCCAACCUGGACGAUGCCCAUUUUCUCUUCAAAAGGGCCAGUUCGUCUUCCGAUGCAGCUUCGUUCCUCCAUGAUGCUAUCAUUGUUUCUCGGCAGCCACCGAGUCUGCAGUUUGACUUGUCCCAGCAUGGCUACGCAUCCACAGAAUUAGCCACUCUUGGUAGACCUUUCCCACCCCUUGACACUGGCGGAUACACACUGAGCCUCUGGGCACGAUUUGACGCUUUCGACACUCAAGCCCACACUACACUGUUUGGCGCUUUUGACAGGACUCAAACCUGUUUCGUUCUAGCAUAUCUCGAGAAAGACACUCAUCACCUCAUUCUACAGACUGCGAUCCAAGGCAGCAGGCCCAGUGUCAGAUUCAAAUCAUUUGCUUUCCAGCCAGAUCAAUGGUAUCACAUUUGUGUGGUGCACAAGCGACCACGGACGACAUCUUCUUCCAAGGCCUUGCUGUUUGUGGAUGGGGAGUUCAUCGAGCAACAAAAGGCAAAUUAUCCUUCUACGCCUCCAAAUGACCGAAGCCAAAACAAUGUCAAGGUCCAAGCGUUCUUUGGUACACCCCAAGAUUUAUCCCCGAGUUCUGCUGGAGUAGCUUGUCUAUCAAAGUGGUCACUUGGCUCUGCAAUUCUGUUUCAAGAAACGAUGAGCGACGACUUGAUUGCCGUCUUUUACUAUCUCGGUCCAAAGUAUCAUGGUAAUUUCCAGGACUGCCUUGGUUCUUUCCAGACCUACGAGGCCUCGGCAGCGCUGAACUUGCGAAACGAAAUAUUGCAUCCCGGAAAAGAGGAACAGUCAGAACUCAUAAUGGCGAUCCGUCAGAAGGCAAGCAGUCUCAUCCGCGAGGACAAAAUAUUGAUCAAUGUUUCCCCUGCGACGAUUCUCGAUAAUGACGAUCGAAAUAACAUUGAUGAAACUCAAUUGGUCAAGUCAUUGUCAAAAGUGGCAGCCAAAAACUUGGUGGCCUACACCCGUUCCGGUACGAGUGCUGUGGCUAUUAAUGGUGCAGUGCCUUCAAUCAAUGAUGCAUUGACUCAAGCAAGAGGCGUUUUCCUGCUCAUGGGUGACCCCACGGUGACGGUUCCGCAGUCUCUGGACGAUGCCAGCUGGCGUUUGGGCGGUUGCGGUGCGGUCGGACUGGGCCUCGUUCAACGUGCACGGACGACAGAAGACGUUGCCCUCGCAGUGGACAUCCUCCUGGAAACCGUCCGCCAUAGUUGGAGAAACAGCGAAGUGAUGGAAAGGGAUGGCGGCUACGCAAUUUUAGCAAUGCUCCUGAAGGAAAAGCUCACCCUCCCCUCCCAGAACAACGGUGAAGCUACAAAAGUGGCUUGGGCAAUUCCAACAUCGAGACUCGAUAGGACUGGGUUGAGCAUGAGAGUAUUGACAUCCAUCCUUUCUUUCACCGGCUAUAAUUCUGAGGAUCUGACAAAAUCUGUCAUCAACAAUCCUUUGGCCUACAAAGUCUUAGUAGCAGACACGAGCCUCUGGAGAUGUGGACCACUUCCUGUGCAACAAUUAUACUUUGACCAAUUCUUGGUGUUUGCGGAGCAAAGUGAAUACAAACGGUUCAACUUGAAGAGACUAACAAGAAUGAGAGUGCUCAAACGACUGAUGGAAGCUCUGAAAUCAGAACCUGUGAUGCGGCCCAUCAUGCCACAGUACAUGGCUGCAAUUAAAGUCCUCUUACCUCAAACCUUGUCAGCAGAAACUCUACGUUCGCUGGCCUUGUUCAUAACGUUCUCCGUGAACAAACGCAAUCUGGGUUUACAAGCGCGGAAAACCAUCCGCAGGGACGUACGACAGAGAAGUUCGUCAACUGGUUCAUCACAUGGCUCCAAGGAUGAAGCCACGUCGACUCUGUCACAUUUCGAGAUUGGGAUGGAGGUUCUCCGCCUUUAUUCAGAGAUGUUGUGCCGCAAAGAUGACGACAGCCUGAUCAAGAAAUUUGCGAAGACCGUUACAAACAAGUGGCUUCUGUAUCUGCUAUCCGAGACGUCGCCAGAAGUCGUGGUGCUUUCGAUGAGGAUUUUGGCGAGAUUGCUCGUUGUACACGGCGACGCCUACGUCAAAAAAUUCAAGGACACGUCCAAAACCUCUGGCUUUACCAUCAUGGCAUAUCGUCUGAAGAGAUGGUGGCAUCUUCCAGCAUUAUGGCCGGCUUUAUUCGCCGUAUUGUUUGAUCUCGAUGUUGCAAAUCUAGAUCUGGACAGAAACUUCGAUCUGUACGGAUUCAUCGACCUCUUUGCCAACAAAAAAGAGCUCUCGGUUUUCUAUCCAGAAAUCCUCGAAGUCAUUACGGGUAUGUUGCAAAGCGGCCUGAAAACAAUCGUGUCAUCGAAAAAGCACCAAGCUGCUUCGUUUCUGGCGCCGCCACUGGAAGAGCUGAGCGGACCUCCCGAGCGACUUUCUAUGUCAACCAUGGCUCCACCGAAUCCACUGCUCACGAUCGUCACAAGCCAACACGUCGAGACAUUCAACACUGUCGUCCAAUUUCUCGCCGAUCUCCACACGAGGUCACAGAAGUUCCGAGACUUCGCAGUCUCGUCUUCGUACAUCCAGGAUCUACUCGCCGUUCUGUUCCCUGUUGUGGUCGGCUCUGAUGUGGUUGAAGCAAAAACGGAGUUGGAUGCUCGGGACUCAACGCUGACUUUUGAUGGCGGGGACAUUGUUGUUCAUCCGCUCUCGACCACUCCUCCUGUUAUCCGGACUGUAGAUACAGAAACCUCGUCUACAACGACUAGAGGCAAGACUCUCCGAAGAGGUUCGUCUUUUGUCCUCGUUGCGAAGGAGCAAGCCCACCAAAAUGGUUCUACCACCAACACGGCAGUUUCAACUUCGAUUGGCUCGAACUUUGCCAUGGGCAAGUUGCCAGAACUUCAAGAUGGUCAUUCUAUUGUUCAGGGUUUGCUGGAGAUAGUUAUAUCUGUUUUCCUGGACCAGAUCCUUGUUCGGAAAGAAUUUCCAGGACUCGGCCUCUUCUUGAAGACGCCGCCUGGAUUCAUCGAGCACCAAUCCUACUUCGAAACCUGGAUCUUGAGGAACACCGUAUCGCAGCUCGCGAACCAUAUAGCACUCAAUCAAUCGAUCCUGACGGAGCCGAGAGUUUUGAUCAACCUAGCCCGCCUCUUUGGACAUCUUGAAGAGGCCCUCUUUGAAGGGUGGUUCAUUGGCGGUGCCGACCCGGUACUCGACUUGUCAGGAUCUAUACUAGAAUAUCUCCAACGUCCUGAUAUUGCCAAACUGAAGAGCGUACGGCUAUGCGCGCAAACAAUCGCCAUCAUCCGCGCCGUCGUUUUCCGGACAGUUCUCCUUAGUCUCUCAUCUAUCCACGACAACGACUCGUUACCCUUUUUGGAAAAGCUGACAUACUGGCAGACAGUCCUGCUCUCAGGCGAAGACACUCAAUCAGCUAAUCUGCAGCUCAUUUGCUACCUUCUGUAUGCGAACCUCAUCUCCUCCACCGAUGCUGUCCGUCAAGCCGCAGCCAAUUUGUGGAGAAUUAUACUAGUCCAAAAGCCUGACGAAGCAGCGGCAAUUUUCGGGCAAACAGACACGUCUGAGCAGAAAGGCUUAGCUGGCGGAUUUUCGAAGCUGGUUGAACUUGACAAUGAAACUUUCCUUUAUUGGGUCGACGAGCACCGCAGCGAGCUGGAUUCUUUGUUUUUUGACACCCUUUCGAAGCAGUGGAAUACAUUUGUUACCACAGAAAACAAGAGGACUGAGGAAAAUGGCCGGUUAAGGAUAGCCCGCCGGCGAGAAAAGGUCAAGCAAUGGGCACGAGAAGAGGCUGACCGUGACGAUUUGAUUCGUCGCCAUGAAAUUGCUUUCGAGAAUUGGACUGCCAACAUCUAUUCCUCGGAAUACCUCAAGCACCAGAGACUGCUUCAAGACCAGCAGGAUGACCUGGUAUACACUGAAGCCAGCUUCAAUCGGAUGCAAAGGGAUACGAGUAAACCUGCAGGGCUGUUUGCUACCAAUAAACCGAGAAAAUGGAGAUUGGACCAAACGGAAGGGCGUAAUCGAAUGCGUAUGCGAUUGCACGAGGACUACACCUACACCGAAGACGAUCAGCAGCCAAGGAGGAAGGGAUCUGACAUGCCACAACUGCGGCUUGAUACCAGGAAUACGAAAAUGUCUGCGGCGGAAUCGAUAGGUGUUACACCAGGCGGCGCAACGCCUGGUGUCGAUAGCCCCAAAAGCUCCGGAACGGAGCCAUUCCCUGCACUUCAAGAAGGCACUGGCCAGACUCCAGAUCAGGCAGCCGACAAUGAAAGCCAGAGCGAAGCCAUGGAAGGCGAGGAGAGUUUCGAAUUGGUCGAAGAUCCCAAUGCCGAGAUGGAUGAAUUCGAAGACAAGAAUCGGAAGGUGAUGCGCAGCCUUCACCGCGGAGACCAGGUCAAGCACGUCGCCAACAUUUCGCGCAUUCUGGGACUUGAAGCAGUGGAGGGACUGCUGAUUCUGGGCAAGGACUAUAUUUAUAUCCUCGACAAUUUCUUCCAACGUUCUGACGGCGAGAUUGUGAAUGUUUGGCAAGCACCACAAGAAGAGCGAGAUCCUUAUGUACGAAUGAUCUCUGGGCGAGAUGUCACAGAACGCAAAAUUGUUUCCCGGAGUGACGAACAUGGCACUCGAAGCUGGAAGUGGUCUGAUAUUAUCAGUGUUUCCAAACGACGGUUUCUUUUUCGAGAUGUCGCAAUCGAGAUCUUCUUCGGCGAUGGUAGAAGCUACUUGUUGACGGUGAUCUCGCCCCAGCUCCGGAAUGACUUGCACGGUCUCAUCAGCGCCAAAGCUCCUUCACCCAGUGGACAGGGCAGUCAUUCGGAAACGGCUUGGCGCUAUGAGACUUUGAGGAGCGUGGAUGACGAGCCACAAACCCUGGGGUCCAAGUUUGCCAAUGUGUUCGGCCAGCAGUCAAGCUCUUUGGCUGCAACUCGGAAAUGGCAAAAGGGGGAAAUGUCGAAUUUCCACUAUUUAAUGCUGAUCAACACGAUGGCAGGAAGAACGUACAAUGAUCUGACACAAUAUCCCGUAUUUCCAUGGGUCAUCGCAGACUACACCAGCGAAGAACUAGACCUCACCGAUCCAAGGACAUUUCGCGAUCUUUCCAAACCCAUGGGCUGCCAGACGAUUGAACGCGAGAGAGAGUUCAGAGAACGGUACCAAACUUUUGCGGAAAUGGGCGACAACAAUACCCCGGCUUUUCAUUAUGGAACGCACUAUUCCUCGGCGAUGAUUGUGACAUCUUACUUGAUUCGCCUCCAACCCUUCGUCAAGUCAUAUCUCCUCUUGCAAGGCGGCACAUUCGAUCACCCCGAUCGCAUGUUCUUUUCGAUCGAGGGAGCUUGGAGGUCAGCAGCCCGAAUGAACAUGACCGACGUCCGUGAAUUGACCCCUGAGUUUUAUUACCUGCCCGAAUUUCUGGUCAACGUCAACGACUUCGACUUCGGUACCAGGCAAACCUCGCAGUCGAUUGGAAAUGUCGAGCUACCUCCGUGGGCGAAGGGUGACCCUCGCAUCUUCAUUGCAAAGCAGCGCGAGGCGCUCGAGAGUCCUUAUGUUAGCCGCAAUUUACACAAAUGGAUUGAUCUGAUAUUUGGAAGUAAACAGAAGGGCGAAGCCGCCGUGGAAGCCGUCAACGUGUUCCAUUAUCUGUCAUAUCAAGGUGCGAAGAAUUUGGACGCCAUUAGCGACCCCUUGGAACGGCUUGCAACCAUCGGAAUCAUCCACAAUUUUGGCCAGACACCAUACCAAGUCUUUACCAAACCUCAUCCCGCGCGGGAACAGAUCCGGCAUCGCUACAAGCGGCUUGACACUGCCGCAGAAUCAUUAACCCGUAUCCCUUCGACUCUCCUCGAGGCUGGGGAAAGAGUGGCCUCACUCAGAUAUUCCUGGAAGUCUGACCGGUUACUGUGCUCGGGACCUUUCAGACUGAAUAUUCCGCCGGACUACGAGAUGUACCUUGAAUGGGGCUUUUCUGACAACAGCGUCCGUUUCUAUUCGACCGAGAGCAGGAAGCAGCUCGGGCUCUUUGAGCAUUUGCAUAUUGGACAGUUGUCGUGUGCACUGUUCGCGGACGGGAAAACGUUGAUCACGGCUGGAACCGAUUGCACCGUGGCUGUGUGGACCGUCAUCGAUAGUGGGAAGAGCGUGGAAUUACAUCCGCGCGCCACGCUUUUUGGCCACCGCAAGCCGGUGAGUUCUUUGGCUAUAUCCAAGUCGUUCAAUGCGUUAUUGUCGGCUUCGACGGAUGGACAGGUGAUGCUCUGGGAUCUCAAUCGGAGCGAGUUCAUACGCAAGCUGGAUGAUGACCUGCCCGUGCAAUGUGCAGCUAUCAACGACGUUACCGGGAAUAUUGUCCUCUGCCGUGGACAUGAGAUCAGCAUGUAUACCCUGAAUGGCGAUCUGCUGCUGCGACAGGAGUCGGGAGAUCGCUCGCAGGAGAGCAUUGUCUCGUGCGCCUGCUACGAAGGCGCAGGCAACGAGUGGCUGGAACGAGACCUCGUCUUCACCGGCCACAAGAGGGGCCAGGUCCGCAUCUGGAGCAAAGUGGUGCGUGAUGGCCGGUUUGAGUUGGAGCUCAUUCGGCAGCUCAACCAUGCUGACGGCAGCCGGGAUGAUGGAGCAAAUGUGAAUGCAGGGAUCAGCUGCAUCCUACCAAUGCCCCAAGUUGUCUACACGGGGGAUGAAGACGGGCGAGUGGAAGAAGUCGACAUCUCCUAUAGAGACAGCCGUCCACGCCGCGAUCAAUACCAACGGGAGGACGUGCGUAUCUACGAGGAGCGUGAUCGAAAAUACCCCGAGGUAGAGCUCACACGCGAGAAGUACCGUGGACCCACUGAUUACAGAGCCUCCAACGUCAACGUCGAAGUUGACCGUCGAGACACCCGAGCCCGUGCUGACGGUUUUGACGUUGAACGCCGAGACACUCGUGCCACCAACGUUGACAUCGAAAUCGAUCGUCGAGACACCCGGGACCACGUCGAAGUAGACUUUGACCGCCGUCAGACCUACGACAAAUCUCUAGAGUCUCAGCUUGACAUCACCGAGCGAGAGUACCGCCGCCGCGUCGAUCCCACCUACGACGUUGAAUACGAACGUCGCCGUCCCGUCCAAGCCAACGUCACCGUCCAAAAGGAAGAGAUCAAGGUCGAUCAACCAAUCAGAAGAGACAUGGGUUACUACGACGACGAGGGCAACUACCACAGCUUCCGCCGUGGCGUGGAGCGUGCCGCCGACCGCAUCUUGCACCCCUUCUCCGGCGGCCACCACCAUCAUGAGGGUGGCGGCCGUGAGGAGGUGGUGAUUUCGGAGACGAGAGAAACCACCGGCCCAGCCCGCGUCCGUGAUGGCUCCGUUGAGCAGGUGCGCUUCGUCGAGCCUCGUUUCGGAGGCCGGGGUGUCCCGAUCCAAUGUCACUUCAUCCGCAUCGGUGACAUUCUCCUCCUCCAGGGCCGUCCCUCGCAGGUCAUUCGGAUCAGCAUGUCCUCCCAGACUGGCCAAUACCGCUACCUAGGUGUGGAUCUGUUCACCCGCCAGUUGCACGAAGAGAGCUCUUUCAUCAGCAACCCUGCUCCCUCUGUCGUUGUGCAGACCAUGCUUGGCCCUGUUUUCAAGCAAUACCGUGUCUUGGACAUCCGCGAGGACGGCUUGGUCGUCUGUAUGACCGAGAGCGGCGACGUCAAGCAGGGACUGAGGGUCAUUGAUCAAGGCGGUCUGUUCAACCGAAUCGACCGCGCGUUCGCCGACGGCAGAGGAAGUGUCCGGGUGUUGGUCAUCAAUGAUGGCGGACGGGAGUUGAUUGUGGAUAUGAAGAUCAUCCACGGUUCGAGAUUGUAG